ACUGAAAAGAGAGGCGGGUCAGAGCAUAAACCAUCGCCCGGAUCAAGGCGAGUUAAAAGUCGGAAUGCCGGAAAUCUACACACCCGAUUCAAAGCCUUCUGGUUCUCAAAGGAUUUAAGGAAUGGAGACGGGCCAUAAAGCGAUAAGUCCAAUAAAACACGCGCACAAAACAAAACGAGCGUAAACCACGUCGUUUCGUAGUUUUUGGCAAUUUUCAGUGGCGCUAUCCUCCCCUCGUAUAUAUUUAGUUCCAGAAUUUUUUGGCUUUAACGCUAUUAUCGCCAAAAAAAAAAAAAAAAAAAAAAAAUGCUCAAAUCAACCAUCAUUCCCGUUUUCUCAAUCUUUCCGGCGAAAUCCAGUACCCCAAAAGUGUUGGGCAGCAAAGUCACAAACGCUUUCACGUACAGUCCACCAUAUGUUCGACAAAAUGCCUCGUCCACAACCCAUACCACCACCCCAGCGCCCCAAAUUCCCCCCACUUCAGCAUACAUCCACCUACCCUUCUGUCGAAAGCGCUGCCAUUACUGUGACUUCCCAAUUGUCGCUCUCGGCUCUUCUUCUAACUCAACCGAUGACGACCCACGAGUGUUAAAUUAUAUACAAUUGCUUUGUCGAGAAAUUAAUGCGACGAGAGUGGAGUUUAAGACCAGCCCGUCUCUCGAAACGGUCUUUUUCGGGGGUGGCACUCCUUCACUUGUGCCGCCGAGGCUGGUGUCGUCGGUUCUCGAAGUUUUGAGGUUGAAAUUUGGGUUGAGUUCAAGUGCUGAAAUAUCUAUGGAGAUGGACCCUGGGACUUUUGAUGCCAAGAAGAUGAAUGAGUUGAUUGAGUUAGGAGUGAAUAGAGUGUCUUUGGGAGUUCAGGCAUUUCAAGAAGAGUUGCUGAGGGCUUGUGGGAGGGCUCAUGGUGUGAAGGAGGUUUACGAGGCAGUUGAGAUUGUUGGGUCAUGUGGCGUUGAGAAUUGGAGUAUGGAUCUUAUUUCAUCUCUUCCUCACCAGACACGGGAAAUGUGGGAAGAGAGUUUGAGGCUCACCGUUGAAGCGCAACCAACUCAUGUGUCCGUAUAUGAUCUGCAAAUUGAACAAGACACAAAAUUUGGAACUUUGUACACCCCUGGGGAGUUCCCUCUGCCCUCUGAAACAAAGUCAGCUGAUUUCUAUAGAAUGGCUUCAAGCUCGCUUUGUGAUGCUGGUUACAACCAUUAUGAAAUUAGCAGUUACUGCAAGAAUGGCUUUGAGUGCAAACAUAAUCUUACAUAUUGGAAGAACAAACCUUUCUACGCGUUUGGCCUUGGGUCUGCUAGUUAUGUUGGUGGAUUGAGGUUUUCAAGGCCAAGAAAACUGAAAGAAUACAUGGGUUAUGUGCAGGAUUUGGAGAAUGGGUUGGUGGAUUGCAGUAGAAAUGAUCAUAUCGACGCGAAGGAUGUGGCCAUGGAUGUCGUGAUGCUCUCUCUCAGAACUGCCAGAGGCCUAGAUCUAAAGUCUUUCAGGGAAGCUUACGGUGGCUCUCUUGUUUUCUCCCUUUUGAAGGCCUAUAAACCUUAUGUAGGAAGUGGACAUGUUGUUUGCUUGGAUGAGAGCAGAAGAGCCAUGACUGCAGAAGAACUUGAUACUGCAUUAUUGGACGAGGACAUGAUCGAGAGAAGGCUGGCUUAUAUUCGGCUAAGUGAUCCAGACGGUUUCCUUUUAUCAAAUGAAUUGAUAUCCCAUGCAUUUGGGGUACUGGCUCCAUAGAACUUCGAUCCUUUAUUGGAGCCAGGAGGUCUUUGGAAGUGGUCAAAAGCUUUUUCAAUACCUAUAGCAGCUGGCUUUAGAGGCUGAAAAGCAUUUCUGUUGAAAGUUAUUAAGAGCUGAAUUUGUUGCAUCAACAAUGAGAUUCUGAGAAUCUAGUUUAUGUAUACUAGAUUGUUUGAUGCUAUGACAAAGGAGAAUGUGUAACAGAACCUACUUGUGAUAUGACAUUGUUGAGGUGAGUUGCAAAGAGACAAAUAAUCAAAUCUGAGAAAGGACCCGCUUAGCUUACAUACUAUUUACUUUGUGCUGAUGGAACAAGAAAAUCAAGAGAGAAGCUGAUUGUCCACUUUGGGGCACUACAAGGGAGAGCAUUAUAGGGGAUGAACUUACAUUAAAAGCAAGCAGGACGUCAAAAUGUUAUCAUUCAGUUAAAGAUUGAAGAUGCCAAUCAGAGAACAUUAUAUCUGCUGUAGAGAUAUAUCUUCAUCUUCAGCUGGUGUGGACAAGCACAUAUCGAAGUUUAAACAGAGCAACCAGAUUGCUUUCAACUAUAAAGUAUCAUACUGUUCAAGGACUUGGGUUAGGCUUCGGGUCCGGAGGACCUCAACAAUGGAGAAGCUCUUCCAGCCACUGCAGCCAGCACCACCAGAAUGUGGGUCUCAGGCAGCUCGCAUGGGGUUUAAGUUGUCCAUGAAUGACUGUUGCUGACUAUAAGACAUUGUGAAACGUGCUUGAUGAUCAAAUGGAUUCUGUCUGUGUGUACAUGCGUGCCUGUGACAGCAAAAGAACUACACUUUGCAAAUGACAGACAAUAGAGAACCCAAUGCCAAAGCGGCACCCAUUUUCUAUCGUUUUGCAAACCACAGGGAGCUUCUGACAAAUGACUGUAUUUGGGUGAUUGCAAACAGGAGACGGUAAAGUAUUCGCAGGCGAAACCCAUUUUUGUACCUCGUAAAUGACAGCAUAGAGAGAACGCUCUGCCAAACGCCAUUUCCUGACUUAAUGUAGACCCAUUUUUGCCCUUGAUUUGGUAAUAACAUUUGGAGAAAUGAUUUUUGUUUUUACAUCUUCUAUACA